CGCUCGGUCGCCCGUCGUGUUGCCUGUUCCGAAUCUUUAGGGCUUUUUGCAUAAAAACAAAAAAAAAAAUCGCGCUUGACUUGGCGCCGAAAUAUUAGUUGGUGUUCGCUGCGAGAUUUAAUAAGUGCAGACCGACGGUAAUCGGUAAUUAUUUUGCAUUCAUCCAAAAAAAUUAUCGCAAAAAAAGCGGGAAAGAAGAAGAAGUAGAAGCCCAAAGCAAAGUUGAAGUUGACAUUGAAGUCGGAGCGCGUGUGUGCGUGCACGAGUGUGUUGGUGUGCUGGUGUGUGCGAAAUUCUUUGUGUUAUUCUCUGCAAAAAGCCAAAAGUGUGAAAUAAAUUUAAAAGCAGAAUCCAAGUGCAGAUCGUGCCAAUUCAAUGCCUUGUUAAAAAUCAAUAAAAUGCAUUAAUUGUUGCUGUCGCAAUUUCCGUCAACAAGCUGGCGGGGGUCGCUCUCUUUCCUUUUAUCUCUCUCGCGCAGUGUUCUCUCUCUCUUGUCGCUGGCCUUAUCGUGUUUUGCUUGUAUUUUUUAUCGUGUCUCGCAUUAGAGAUUGGAGUGACUUUGAAUAAUACAAUUUAUCGCCUUUUUUCGGUUCACGCAAAAAGGAAGGAAGAGAUUUUCAGCUUAAAGGGAGAAAACGAGGCUGCACCCUUUGCUGGACGGACGAGUAACUAACCAAUCGCAACCACCACAACAAUUAGGCGCUCUGACUACAAUCAGUAAGCCAUCCAAAAUGGUCGACUACUAUCAGGUUCUCGAUGUGGCGCGUACAGCCACCGACGGUGAAGUGAAAAAGGCUUAUCGAAAAUUAGCACUAAAAUGGCAUCCGGACAAGAAUCCGGACAAUCUGGAUGAGGCCAACAAACGUUUUCGCGAGCUUUCCGAGGCCUACGAAGUGCUAUCCGAUGCACGUAAGCGCCGGAUCUACGAUGCCCGUGCCACGCUGCACAAAUCGUCGGCGAGCAACAGCAGCUGCGGCAGCUACUCCCGCUAUCGCAGCAGCGGAGGAGGCAGUGGCAGUGGCAGUGGCUAUGGUGCCACUUCAUAUGGCCGUGACUACGACUAUGAUUACUAUCUGAGCUCCGGCCGCAGGUCCGGCAACCGCUACCAGGCGUUUACCUUCCGUAACUUCUUUGAGGGCAUACCAUUUCACAAACUCUUUGAGAAGAAACGUCGCAUCUAUGACGAGUACGGCAAGGAUGGUCUGGGCGAACGCGGCCAAAGCCGCAACUCUCACGCCCGUCAUCAUUACAGCACUCACGACUAUGACAACUUUGAUAUUACGGGCGGAUUUCCGUUCGUGUUCCGACCACCAGAGGAGGUCUUCCGCGAGUUCUUUGGCGUAAAUUCGCCCUUUGCCGACUUUUUCAGAGAUGCUAAUGGAUACACAAAUGGGACAAUGAGCGGUGGCGGCGGUGGCCCUAAUGCUGCCGUCAAGCGCACCUCCACAUCGACGGUGUUUGUCAAUGGCAAGAAGCUGAUGACCAAGCGGGUCGUUGAGAAUGGCAAGGAAACUGUGUUUUCAUAUGAAAACGAUGUCCUUAAAUCAAAGACUGUGAACGGAGUUUCCCAAAAGCUCUCUUCAAUAUCUAAUUAAUGCAAGAAACAAAUAUAUAACAUAUAUACAAGCAGCGGCAACGGCAUCGGCGACGGCGGCGGCGCCACAGCAACAAUCAACAACAACAAAAAAGUCAUAAAUGUAAAGAAAAAGGAGAAAACAUUAACAAACACAAGAGGAACCUAUGAUUUCUUGAAUGCUUCGAUACGUUCAUGAUACGUUCAUUAAUUUUGUUCUACAUUAGAAUCUAGUUAUUUUUUAGUGGAAAGAACAGCAGUAGCAGAAACAGCGGGGUAGAAUCAGCAAGAGGCGAAGCACAGCAUAAAAACACAUAGCAGCAACAGAGGAGAAAGGACCGAGAAAACAUAAGCAGAAACCGAUUUUAGAAUCGAACCAAAAUUCCUUGUCAAUGCCAGUUAUCUUUUGCAGCACUUUGAUUCGAAAACUUGCCACAUAAUCCAAAUUUUAAUGUUUUGUGGUGCGUUGUUUCGAGACACAAUGCCAGAAAAUAAAACAAAAGCUCCGAAAUGAUUAGAGCAGCUACUUAAACACAGAACAUAACCGAAAAUGCUGUACGCUUAAGCAAUUUAGCCACUAAUUCUAAGGGCUGAUUUGAUCGCUUUUCCGAGGACGGGAGUGUGUCUGUGCCUGCGUGUAUAUGAAUUGGGGGGAAGUUGGGUGGGAAUUAAAUAUAUAUUUUAUGUAUGUACGUAGCUAUCUACCUUUUGUCACUUAAGUUGUCACAAUACUUACUAGAGAAAAGAAAAGAAAAAAAAACUAAAAAAGAACCAGCAAAACAGCAAGAAACGAAAUCGAAAACGAAACACACGAGUGCGAGUGCUCUGCGCUGAAUAGAGGAAAAGAAAAACCUAAAACUACAUUUCUGAUGACAUUAAAUGUUUAUAUAAAUAUAAUUCAUAAUUUAAAACUCUGUGUUAAUUUUAAUGCCGUAUUUCAUAGCGUAUAGUCGUUUUUUAAAUUCUUAAGCCUAUUCUCACAUAACCAUAAACGAAUUCGCGGAGAAAACAAAUGAAAAUAAUCUAACAUAA